AUGGCUGCACGUGUGCUAACCCAGGACGAUAUCCCGGGAGCUUCUCUCGCUGGAAGAGAGCCCCAGGCAUUAAAAUGCGAAGAUUUUUUUUUUUGGCUGAGAUGUAGAGGCGAUUCUUUGAAGGGAUUGAAAACAAAGGCAGCGCUAGUGAAGAGGUAAGGCCCAAGAUCGCUUCGUGUUUCGCUAUGACUUGUCAAAAUAUUACACCUAUACAUGUGAAAAAUCGGAUUUUACGAGCUAAAAGUAGUUUUCUUUUCGCUUUUAAAGGGUGGAAGAGUAUAUCAGAACUGGCCGAGACCAAAAUAUAGUUGAUCCUGAUCCUCACAAAGUGUACACAAAGCGCAAAGAACACCGAACGGCGAGUGAAGACAACAUUUCAGCUGAUGUUAAUUCACCGCAACCAAACUACCCUUCGGAUGGCUGGUCUGGCAAUAUAAAACGAAUGCCUUUUUUCACGCGUGCCGAGAUGAACAAUCAUAUCGCAAAGUCAGGGAAAAACAUUGAUUCAAGCAAAAGUCACUCAGUACCGACUAGUGUGCGAAAAGCUACAACGUUUUUGAAUGACGAAUAUUUUUUAAAAAACUUGUCAGCAGCAAGCGAUAAUACUUAUUUCUAUUUGCGCUGUCAGUGCCAUCACAGCUUUAGAAAAAAUGAUCCUCCCCACAACUUAAAAGUUGCAUUGUGUAUUUUUAGUGGAGAGGUCAAGAAUGCCUCUUGCUCUUGUGUUGCUGGCCAGGUCGGGUUUUGCAACCAUAUUUUGGCUCUUUUGUUAAAAUUAUGCAAGUUUUCAUUGUAUGAGUGUAAAAGUGUGACUGAUCUUGAAAAUGAAGACGAUAUGCAGCCAAAACGGAGCUGCACAUCAACUCUGCAGCAGUAG